AGAGAGAGAGAAAGAGGCGCGGGCACGAUUAAACAAUGGAAACCUAAAAACAAUACAUACUCCGUCAUUUUGUUCAUAUGGGACAUCAUUCAAACUGCAAAGUGUUUGCUUAUAUUUGUGUACAGUUGCAAUUAAACAAAACAUUGUACCUUUGUCAAACUGUAACCUACAACUGUCAUCAAAAUCACACACACCAAAGCAAAAAAUAUUUAUCCAACCCCAUUUAAAAACAGUAUGUGGGUGGAUUAGCAUCGUAUUGCAUUGGUUUUCAUUUCUUUCAUUGACUUUAUUGUACAUGAGAGGUGGUAGUGAGCUUACAUUUUCUGCUAGAAUGAAGACUUGGGUAUUGAAUUAAACGGGAAAAUAUCAGGCAUGCAUUGCUACCACUCUAAACGUGCUAAUAUACAAGAAAGGGGGCUAAAUAAAUGACCAAAUAUUAGUUUAACCAAAAAAAUCCUAGCUUGCACUUUCUGUCUGUCUGUCUUCCAUCAGAGUGCAGUUUUUCCUUAUAUUUCUUAUUUGUGUUUAGUAUUGUGGAAUUGGCAAAGACCUGGUGGUUGUUUGUGAAAGCUUUACAAACAAAAUUAAUAGGGCCUUACCACUUUCAUUAUUUCACAGCCUUAUUAUACAUCAAAGUGUAAUAUGACAUUGACAAAAUAUUAAAUUAAACCUUGUCCGAUAGUCUGACAGUAUUGUGGCAUAGUAUCAGGACAUCCUUGUGUCUGUUGCGCACUGCUAGGGCCGAAUGGCCGGAUGAUGGGCCUAUUUGGGAAAAAGUCCAGGGCUGUUUUUAGCCCCAGUCCGCGUUCUUGUCUGUAGUUGUGUUUUUGUUUGUCAUCAGUGGCCCAAGUACUGUUCUUUAUUCCACACAUGUCCUCUUUUUAGAUUUUAAUAAAUGGGAUUUGGGAUUUUUUUUAAUUGCCCAAAAUGUCCUGGAUUCUGCUUUUGCUUUCUGCAGUCACUAUUCAUUGUGUGUUUUUGCAUUGCUUUGACCUUUCUUUUUAGGUCCCGCCUUUCAGCACUCCACGUUCGGAGCUACGCAAACGUUGGUCGAACUGCAUCUCAAUCAUUGCCCUCAGCACCACGGCAUAUGAAAACGACGGCAGGUUUCAGCUCCGCCCUGCGUUAUUUAGCGCCUUCAUCAAGUUCAUUCCAGUUCAACAGCCACAGCGCAGAUAAGAGUAAACGUCAAAGUGCAAGGUCCAUGAGCACUGAGAUGGAGAAAAGGCCGCUGCUGUCUGUACAGCCCAGUCGAGGUCUGGUGGACGAGAUGUUUCAGAUUGUCAUAAUGAAUUUAUUGCCAAAUCAGGAGGUGACGCUGCACUCUUUACAUCAGUCAGAGGAUAAGGAUUUCUGGGAGGCGUUUGGACACUACAUCAGUGAUGAACAUGGAACAGUGACAGUGUUCAAAGAUGAAAGUUUGGGAGGCACUUAUGAAGGGACAGAGCCAAUGGGGUUGCUGUGGAGCAUGAGGCCUGUACCAGGAAGUCGAAGUGGACUCAGGUUGCGCAAGAAGGAUGUGCUCUCACCAAUGGUGGUUCACAUUUCAGUGUACAGUGGUCAUUUAUCUGAAGGUUUCAGACAGCAAACAGCUUUGGCAACCAGUGUCACAGAACGCUGGUAUAUAGCACCAGGUGUGCAGAGGGUGGAUGUUAGAGAAAAAGGAGUUCGAGGAACAUUAUUUUUUCCUCCAGGCCCAGGACCUUACCCAGGAGUGAUGGACUUGUGGGGUGGUGGUGGUGGUUUAGUCGAGUAUCGCGCAGUGCUGCUUGCAUCUCAUGGUUUUGCCUCAAUGGCACUAGAGUACAUGAAUCUCAUUGAGGACAGAACAGCAGAUAUUGAUGCUUCUUACUUUGAAGGAGCAUAUAAGAUCCUCCAGAAUCAUCCGAAGGUACAAAAGGAUCGAUUGGCUAUGCUUGGAUUAUCAUUUGGAGGUGUAGUUACACUCAGCAUGGCGGUCAACUCCAAAAUCAUCAAGCCCCAGUGCUGUGUGUGCAUUAGUUCGAGUCAUGUGGGUUCUGUGGAUAAAUCUCUCUUUGAAAUAUUUAAGGAGAUUAAAAGAAAUGUGAAUAAGAUGCUUGUGAAUGGGGAAAACCAGUUAAUCCACAGAAACCUUUUCCCGACGAUUCCCUCAGACCUGACUCAAAAAAUGGAUGUUGGGAAAAUAACGUGUCCCCUUCUGUUGGUGAAUGGUGGUGAUGAUGAGAGCUUGCCUACUGUUGAAUCUGCUGAAGAUAUGGAAGAGAUUAUGAAGAAUGCAGGAAAUCUUCACUUGUUGGAAGUCCUGACAUAUCCUAAUGCGGGUCAUCUGAUUGAACCUCCUUAUACACCUCACGUCCGUGCAAGCAACUUCAUCAUUCAAGGUGGUGACAAAGUUCUCAUGGUAUGGGGUGGACAGACAAAACCGCAUGCAUAUGCACAAGAGGAUGCAUGGAGAAAGAUUUUGGCAUUUCUGCAGAAGCACCUCUAUUUAAGUUCAAACGAUGCAGUUAAAGCCAGACUUUAGAUGUUUCCUUACAACAGUGAUAAAUAUCUCCAAAUGGACAGUAAUGUUAAUUAAAAUAUCAAGCACUGUAAUUUUGAGCAAAAUAUGUUAUUAUUAGUGCCGUUCAAUAUCAACACAUUAUGCAUAACCUAAAUGAAUUGGGGCUGCAUCGUGCAACACACAUACAUGCACACACGUGUAUGUCAUAAAACUGGGGUCCCCGGCACCAUCUCGAGAUCCCCAGUUUGAGAACCUUUUAUGUAUAUCAUACUGUAUCACAUUUCUUAGUAAAUUGUAAACGACGCCAUAUGCUGAUGAUUUAUUUAUAAUCCAACCUACAAUGUAGACAGUAUGUUUAACAAAAGCAAUCUGCAUUAUUUGUAUGGUUAAAGUCAGUGUUUACAAUGACCAUGUGACUUGUUUAAAAAAUGCACUGUGUCUGUAUUAUUGUUUUUUACUUUGUAUGUAUAAUGUAAUAAUUUGAUGAUAAUAAUAAUAAUAAAAAUUAUAAUAAUUA